AGUCAAGUGCUCAGUUGGUCACACACAGACACUGAGGUCGGGCGCGAGAGGAAGAGAGUGUGUGCGAGAGACGGCGAGAAGACGAGGCAGAGGAACGGCCACCGGUUGCUCAUAUACACUCGAGCUCAAGGAGGUGUUGGGGGGGGGGGGAGCACAGACAGCCUGUCCUUAUGUGUGGCUCCUUCCAAGGCUUCACAGCCUCCGACUGCACCAUGUUAACCUCAGAAAGGUCACCACAGAGCACGGGGGUCGCUACCGCAGCCGCGUCUGGGACACUUGGCGCGGACAUGGCGUCGUGGAUGGAGGCCGACUUCGAGGAGAAGUGCACAUACAUCGUGAAGGACCAGCCUCUGGAAGAGGAGUCCGAAAACCACGGCAGGAGACGGGCCGAGAGGUCCCUGCCCAGAAACCUGGCCCUGAAACGCUGCCACAGCUCGAAAGAGGUGCUUGGCGUGACCAGCAAGGAGCUGAUUCCCAAGGGGACCCGUUUCGGCCCUUUGGUGGGCGAGAUCUACACCAACGAAACCCUGCUGAAAGACGCCAACAGAAAGUACUUCUGGAGGGUCUUCCUGGAUGGGCGCUUGCACCACAUCCUGGAUGGUUUGAGAGAAGAGCGGAGCAACUGGAUGCGCUAUGUCAACCCGGCGUGCAGCGUCGAGGAGCAGAACCUGGUCGCGUGCCAGAGCGGCCUGGAGAUCUUCUUCUACACUAUCAAACCGCUUCAGCCGGGCCAGGAGCUCCUGGUGUGGUACUGCUCCGAAUUCGCCCAGCGAUGUAACUACCCUCCGCUGGGCCAACUGGCCAUUGAUCAUUCUGAGCCGAGUCAGGCACAGGAGAAGACCGCGGGGAAACGAGGACACACCGUCUCUGAAAUCCUCCAAGACGAGCCACCCCAGUCCUCAUCUGCCCACCACAGACGUCUGGAGGGUCCUUUGUCUCAGACUAAUGCGGUUUUCCCGUUGUGUCCCCGCGUCGUCUACCCGAUCCAGCCAGUCUCAGAAUCCAUCAGCGGCCGCAGAUAUGCCCCCCUGCCUCCUUUGCCAUCCUGCAGCCCCCCAGCUGCUAAAAGACCAGCACUAAGUAGCCCCGCCCCCACUAGUUUGCACUUCCCCUUUCAGCACAGUCGAGGUCCUGUCAUGGACAAGCCUUACCAAGAGCCCUCCUUGCCCGACCGUGUUCAUCCUUCUUUGAGGCACAACCCCUACCUACUGUCUCACUACUCCCUUGGCCUUCUACCUCAUUCGUAUCCAUUCUACAGUGAUCGACUGAAACCUCCCUUCACCCUCCCAUCCCAUUUACUGCCGGUUGACAGCUAUGCACACUUCCUACAUCCUUUGGCCAGCGGGUGCAAAGACUUAACACCAUCCAGUUCCAAGCAGGACCUCCGCCUUUCACUGAGCGGUGAGCACAAAGACAGUCACCUCACAUCCAGAAGGACAAACUACCUCAGGAUUGCCUCGAAUGACUUUAGAGAUUUCAAACACUCUCCUGGCAGCAAUAUUCACGCAGACUUCACCGUGCCCGCCACAUCCACCGCCUCGCCGAUGGUAACUGAGCUCUGCGGAGCAAUGCCGUCCCUUGCACCUGGGGGAUGCUCACCGCCGGUGGGCAUGGCUGCCUCCUCCGACUGCUUCCCUUCCAAACCUACCUCUGCCACCCAGAGCAAUACGGAGAACGCAAUGGACCUCAGGAAGACCAAAUGUGGAGGGAGCACCAUUGGCUACAAGACCCUGUCAUACCCUCUCAUGAGGCAGAAUGGGAAGAUCCGGUAUGAGUGCAACAUCUGCGGGAAGGUCUUUGGGCAGCUGUCCAACCUCAAGGUUCAUCUGAGAGUACACAGCGGUGAGCGUCCCUUCAGGUGUCAGACCUGCAACAAGAACUUCACUCAGCUGGCGCACCUGCAGAAACACUACCUAGUUCACACGGGAGAGAAACCCCAUGAAUGCAAGGUGUGCCAUAAGCGAUUCAGCAGCACUAGUAACUUGAAGACCCACCAGCGACUACACUCAGGUGAGAGGCCUUACCAAUGCAAGCUCUGCCCGGCCCGGUUUACUCAGUUCAUCCACCUCAAGCUCCACAAACGCCUCCACAGUGGGGAGCGACCGCACCGCUGUCCUCGCUGCCCGUGCGCCUAUCUCAACUACUGCAGCCUGCAGGUGCACCUCCAAGGCUUCUGCCCACUCUCCCCCUCUGCCUCCCACAGAUACUCGCCAGAGGAGCUACAUCGGGUGAACUCAGAGAUCGAGAGGUUUGACAUCAGCGAGGCAGCAGAGCAGCUGGAAGCCAUGGCUGCAGAGGUCGAGAUGGACAAGGGGAAUGUUAUCGACCUGAUACAGAAGUUAGAGUCUCAUGUUUCGGGCCACCGGGACGGUGCAAGAGGGGAGACUGAGCUGAGCCGCUACAAACCGGCCAAGGAGUGUUCUGGUUUUCAGCCACACCAUGGCAGCCCUCUACCUCUGCGUCCAACCAGCAUCAAGCUGGAGUCAGGCUGCAUUUCAGAGCCCUAAGACAGCCCUGCUAAUCCAUCCACAUAAUCCUUACAGGUCAACUCAGCAGCUGUCUGUUACUGCCCUAUUUGAAGUAAAGCCUUAUCUGAGUCAUGGAUCGCCUAGCCUAUACUCUACAGCGACUGCAGCUUAUGAAGAAUCAAGACUUUACCAGCACGGCUUGGGCCUCACUGAUUUAAUGUAUACAUGUUUGUUAAUUUAUUCAGUUGCUCAUUUUAAUCUUAAUUGUAAUAAAACACAGAUCUGCAAUUAUUUUUUUGUUAUUAUUAUUAUUAUUUUUUUUUUUUUUGUAUCUCCAGAACAUCUGGGCUGAACACCUAUACGAGUGUUCAUGCACAUGACUGUUUGCCUUAAUUUGUGGUUUCACUGUGUGAAACUGAGUGAUUUUUUUUUUUUUUUUUAUUAUCUGUAUUUAGGUUUAUUUAUGUCUGCUGAUUAAAGUGACAGUUACUUUACUAAG